AAAGAACUUGCAGGAGGGUUUUUCAAUCAGCGCGCCGGAGAAACAGAGGCCAAAGCAAAGUCGCAAAUGGAAUCAACCAAAGACGCAGCAACGAUACUGGACGUGAGGUCGGUGGUUGAAGCAAUUUCUACUGAUGACGAUAAUGCCCCUGUGUACCAGGUCGAAAGCCUCUGUAUGCGCUGCCAUGAAAAUGGGACAACAAGAUUUUUGUUGACAUUGAUUCCACACUUUAGAAAGAUCUUGUUGUCAGCCUUUGAGUGUUCUCAUUGUGGUGAGAGGAAUAAUGAAGUGCAGUUUGCUGGUGAAAUACAGCCUCGAGGGUCUCGUUACUGUGUAGAAUUUAAAUCGGGUGAUCAAAAGAUGCUUAAUCGACAAGUAGUGAAGUCUGAAACUGCUACAAUUAAGAUUCCUCAGCUGGAGUUUGAGAUUCCUCCAGAAGCACAACGUGGAUCUUUAUCAACCGUGGAAGGGAUAUUACUAAGAGCUUCUGAAGAAUUGCAAGCCCUUCAAGAAGAGAGAAAGAAAGUGGAUCCUGAAACUGCUGAGGCAAUAGACAAGUUUACACUGAGAUUAAAAGAGUGUGCAACAGGAAAUUUGUCUUUUACCUUCAUUCUUGAUGAUCCAGCUGGCAACAGUUUUGUAGAAAAUCCAUUUGCUCCAUCUCCAGAUCCAUCAUUAAGAAUUGAGUUUUAUGAUAGAAGUCAUGAGCAACAAGCAACAUUAGGAUACCUGUUUGAUCCUUCACUAUCUGCAGAAGUUAACAAUCAAACAUCAUUAAAUAAUAUUCCUUCUGAAGGAACUGUUGAACCGCAUGGGUCAGUUGGGGCAGUGGCCGGGCGGCGGGCAAUUGCCCAGGGCAAUACUGUGGAAUUUGCUGAAGCUCUCUUUCGAUAUACUGCUCCAGAAGAGGUGAUGACUUUUCCAUCAACAUGUGGUGCUUGUGCUGUAAGCUGCGAGACUCGGAUGUAUCUCACCAAAAUCCCUUAUUUUCAAGAAGUUAUUGUCAUGGCAUCUACUUGUGAUGGUUGUGGCUAUCGGAAUUCUGAGUUGAAACCUGGUGGUGCUAUUCCUCCUAAAGGAAAGAAAAUUUCUGUUACUGUGAAAAACAUAGUCGACUUGAGCCGUGAUGUCAUAAAGUCGGAUACUGCAAGUGUAGAAAUUCCAGAAAUUGAUUUGGAGUUGACAAGUGGCACAUUGGGAGGUAUUGUGACAACUAUUGAAGGUUUAAUUACAAAAAUAAGUGAAGCUUUAGAGAGAGUGCAUGGGUUUACAUUUGGAGAUAGUUUGGAGGAGGGUAGAAAAGACAAAUGGCAGGACUUCAGAGCAAGGCUUAUUAAGCUUUUAAGUUUGGAAGAGCCGUGGACCUUAAUCAUGGAUGAUGCCUUGUCAAAUUCUUUCAUUGCUCCGGCUUCUGAUGAUAUUAAAGAUGACCAUCAAUUAACAAUUGAGGAAUAUGAGAGGAGUUGGGAACAAAAUGAGGAGUUGGGUUUGAACGAUAUGGACACAUCUUCAGCUGAUGCGGCAUAUAAUGCCACAUCAUAAGAUACCAUUUCUAAUCAAGGAGAAAACAUUUUUGUUAUUUUUUUAUUUUUAUAGUGUUUAAUUUGUACCAUUUUGGAUCAAUUAUGAUUUGUGGUUCCUAGUGAGAGAGCACCAUCACUUUGUAUUAUAUUAUUUAUGCUUCUUUUC